UUCCCGAUGACGUUUCAUUCGUUGGAUGUGAUGUCACUUCCAUGAUCACUGGACAGGAAAGACGUCAUCGCCCGGAGCUAAGCCUGAUGUCAAUCCUCGGAUGAGUUUGCGGCGCAUUUUACACGGAAUUAUUCUUCAACUUCGUCAUUGUUGCUGGUGUCACCAAGCGGAAGCGAUGGAGACCAUAACCUUUUCUCCACCGCUGUACAAACAACGAUACCAGUUGGUUGUAGAAUUGGUGGAGAAAUUGCAGGCACGUAAGGUGGCAGAUUUGGGAUGUGCACGAUGCACUCUACUGUCUCGGUUAAAGUUCUGCAGUUGUAUUGAGGUUCUUAUCGGAGUGGACACAGACUUGGAACUUCUGAAGGAAAACAUGUACCGUGUCUCCCCCUUGCCCGGUGACUACCUGCAGCCCCGGCCCAGCCCAUUGUCAGUGAGACUGUACCAGGGAUCUGUCGCUGUGAAGGACCCGCGCAUGCUGGAUUGUGAUUUUGUUUCGUGCAUUGAAUUAAUAGAGCAUUUGGAUGCAGCCGAACUGGCAAGAUUUUCAGAAGUGUUGUUUGGUUAUAUGAACCCAGCUGUAGUUGUAAUAACUACUCCCAAUGCUGACUUCAACAUCUUGUUCCCAGGGGUAACCCAAUUCAGACAUUGUGACCACAGAUUUGAAUGGAGCAGAUCGGAAUUUCAAGCUUGGUGUCUGGACAUUGGACGUACAAAUGCCUACUCCAUGGAGUUCACUGGUGUGGGCGUAGGGCCCGCAGGUACAGAAACACUGGGCUUCUGUACUCAAGUAGCGAUCUUCCGCAGAGAUCCUUCAAGGGCCAAAAUCAAGAUGAAGAACUCUGAGUUACCGUACAAGUUGGUUUAUGAAGCUGUUUACCCAAGUCUGCAAAAUCGGAAAAUCUUGCACGAUGCCAUCCUGAAUGAGGUGAUCUUCGCUGCGGAAUGUGUGAGACGGAGUUUCAUUGACAUUGACACUGGUGGGCAGAGUGAAUGGAGGACGUGCAGAGCUGACGGCGAGGAGUGUGCACGGGCUGCUUUUAGCCCGGAGGUCAGCGGCCCAUCGUUUGGGGGGAGCCCAGAGGUCGCGGGGUGCCCUGAGCUCAGCUGGAGCCCCGAGGUCACCAAAAUCGGUGCUCAGCUUCACAUUCCCGUGUCCACAUUCUUCAACAACCCCCGAAUCCGGCAGCUCAGUGACUCCCUCCAGCAGCUGCAGGAGGUGCUGCAGGCGUCUAACAGAGUGAAGCUCAGUCACUGCGGUUCCUCAGUCCUGUAUCCAGCCGGGGAUGAGAACUGAUCAGUGGCAGGAACUGAAAAUAAACAAUUCCUCAGAUCAGUGUGCAGGAGCUUUUGCUCAUUCUAACAGUUCACUGAGGCAAGGGGGAUGAAUAGAGGCUCUGGGAAGCCUUACCUUCUCUCACGACUGUUUGCUAUCCUGGUAUCUGUGGGGAUUGGAGAGGCGCCACAGUCUUGCUGUUCAUUCCCUGGGCUGUUUUACCUGAGUUGUGAUGGAUUGUUUAAUGUAUAUGAACCGAUACCGGGUUGUUAAUGGAGAAAGAUGAUAAUACAAGAGGCCAUUGAGGAUACUUUGAUUCAUUGAAAUCAAUUAUCCACCUGCCCAGUAUCCCACAGAGGAUCACACAGAAAUGGGCCUGUGCUGACUAUCAAGUAUGUAUUGAUACAAAUCCCAUUGAUAAGCAAUGUAACCUUAUACACCUCAGCAAUUAAAAUGCUUAUGCAGGUG